AUGGCGAGCACAUCGAAUGUCAAGAAAUCAUCCACUCAACGUAGUUCGCAGAGCUCGAAUUACAAUGACCAUCAAUCACAACCACGUCAAAUUUUACCCAUGACGUAUUCACAGGCUCUUCAACCUCAAGUAAUUGUUCCAACACAGUAUGAUGACAUUACGUCAAAUAACGUGCCCUCAUCAAAGGAUUUGACGUCUUCAAUGCAUUUCUUUAAUAUGGAAUAUGGAAAUUAUCAAACAACUUCUAUAUUUUGUUCUGAAUGUCUUAGUAAUAUUAGAAAUACUUCGGUUGCCACCGAUACGAAUUUCUUACAAUCCAUUUGUAAACAAUGCAAGGAAAAGUAUUCGGCUUUCAAAUCCAAUCCUACCUUUGCCACUUUGAUUCAGCAAUCCAUUCGUGCUGUCUCUGGUAACAUGACUCAUCCCAUGUCAGUUUCUACUAGAUCUCAUUCAAUGUCAAAUCAGAUUAAUCGAUCUUUACCACUCGUGGUUCCAACUCAACGAUCCACUUCUUUAGACCAAUACCCUAUGACCUCUCAUUCAACUGAUUCUCAAUCUGAUUUAUCAAUUGAUUAUCAGAUUGAUCAUUCAAUGUCUAACGGUCAUAAUAAUGGUGUUGUGAAUGAUGUCUUCUUUUCUGAUCCAAUGAUUAAUGAUACCAUAGAUCAGCAUCUUUAUUUUGAUAGUGAUGCUUCUUCUGAUACGGACAUUUUAACUCCUAAUCCUCAUUAUUCGCCUAAUCUUUCUCCCAUUGAAUUGGAUGAUGAUGGCUCAAUCUGGAAUCUUAUUUACGAGAAUGAAUUAGAUGAUCCAAAAGAAAAAGUCCCUCAAUCUCCUGUUAAUAUCUCUUCUUCCUCGGAGACUGUUAUUUCUUCAUCUUCGUCUUUAACUCCAGUAUCGUCUUCCGUUCAUGAUAUGGUUUCGUCUUCUGCCUCGCAGUCGCAAUCUUCAAUUGUCUCAUCCGAUGAAACGAUCUCUUUGAAUUCUAUGAAUACAAUUAAUCCUUCGUUGAUUUCUUCAUCUACUUCGAAUAAUUUCCCCAUUGGUUAUGAUGUUGAUAAUAAUCAUGCAAGUGGCAGCACUACCCCUUUAACUGUUACCAUCGAUCCAAAGUUCAUCACUGCCACAGAUUCUUCGUCUUUCAUUCAAUCAAAUAAUCGUAAUAAUAAACCUACUCCUGUCAUAAUUAAUCCAAAUUACAUUGAAUUUGGUGAUAAUAUACCGAGUCCUCCUCUUCAAACUCCUGAGUUAGUAAGCGACAAUAGUCUUAAACGAAGAAUGUCUUAUGCUUCAUCUUCGGAUGAUGAUUUUUCUGACUCGACAUCUACCGAGAAACAGGCAGAUAAAAAAUUUCGUGUAGAUGCUCAAAGAGUUAUUAAAGUCAAUAAUAAAAAACGUGAUUCUUUGAUUGUUGACGAAAAAAAUUAUGAGACCGAUGAGGAUUUAUCUUCUAAUGACAAUCCUCAAGUUCGCGAGGUUCAUGAGACUAGCGAUGGCAUCACUGACGAAUAUCAAGACAGUACUGAUACUAUUUAUUCUGACGAUACUGACGAGGAUGAUGACGAAGAAUAUCGCCCAUCUAUGAGCAAUAAAAAGACUCGCAAUGGUAGAAAGAAUUCAAAGUCCAAAUCAAAAUUAUUACCACUUCCAUUAGUAAAAGGCGUGAAGCUUAAAUCACAACAAAAAUCAUCUAGUUCUUCAAAAAGAUCUAGCAAGGCUUCUACGCCUACCGCUUCGGUUGCGGAUAGUCCGGUUCCAACAACCAUUGUGUUGCCAAUAGAGAAACCUCAAGAAUCAGAAGUUCUUGAAUUGACCUCUCCUCGUUCUACAAAGUCUCCUACCGUCUUUGAGACUUUGACCAAGUCUGGUAUUGAUUGGUGUAGAUAUUGUGGUACUACAGAGGGUUACGGAUUUGCAUGCAAACUUCCACGAUUGGACUUGAAAGAUUUUAUUAAUGAGACCAUUGAGGAGCGUGAACGUACCGAAGCUUGGUAUUGUGAAAAAGGUUGCCAAGAAAACUUGCGAAGAAAACGAAUAGUUGUUGAACUCCCCCGUAAAAGAUUGCCUCUCAUGUCUACUCCGAAAGUCCAAGCAUCUACGUCGAUCACAGAUUCAACUUCUGUACUCAAUUCUGGUACUGCAUCACGUCCUCGAACUUCUCGUAACUCAACAAGAACGUAA